AUGGCUGCUGCUGUCAGGAUCCUCGUCAGCCUGUUUCUGAUGCUUCACCUCAGCAGAGGUGAGUGCUGGAUGCCUUUCAUUAAAACAUUACAGCUAUGUUCACACUGCAGGUCAAUUCCGAUUUUUUAACCAUAUGUGACACUGAUUUUACAUAUAAGUGUGAACAGUGCAAUUCUGAUUUUUUCAAAUCUGACCCAGGCCUCUUUUGUAUGUGGAUAUAAAUUGGAUAUGUAUCCGAUGUGACUGCAGCGUGGACGCUCAGGCACGUUCAUCCGACCUAUACGUCGCCAAUAUGCGACAAACGUCACCAUUGUUCGGCAACACAAACAGGCGCGGAAAGCAAUUUGUGCUUUGUGCACACUUCACGGACACAUUCCGUUCACAUUAGAUGCCGCAUUCGUUGUUGUAAUGUGAACAACCGCACAAAAAGAUCGAGAGAACUUUAAACCUGCGAGCUAAUAGCUAAACUGUGCAGCAAUAGUAAUAAUAAACAUGAUAAUAAUAACAUGACUGAAUAAUAAUUACUAUUAUUAUCAUGUUAUUGUCAUGUUAUUAUUAUUUCAUGAUUAUUCAAUAAUAAUAAUUCAGUCAUUAAGCUAGGGUGACCAUAUUCUGAAUCCCCAAAUGAGGACGUGACUAGGCGAGGGCGGAGUCACAGAGUUUGCGCUAAGUUAAUUUUGAGAGUUUUUCAGUUCGGAUCGAGUGUCUUUUAUGCGCUUCUAACUCAGUAAGUCCACAUGACACAAACUCGAAACUUGAAUGAGUGUUCUGGCUCAAAAUGCAGUGGGUUAGCUGAUGUUGUCGUUUACUUGCUAGCUUAGUUGUUUAUUAGUAACUAUGGGAACCCUCGCACAAAUUUUUGUUGGCUAGCUUACAUUGCUGGGGGGGCAACUGCCAUUCCGACAUUGGUCUCUAAUUGUCGGAGUGGCGGUAUGUUACCAUGCUAUCAAACGUCCCAUCAUUCCGACAGCUCUCGUCGCUCAGGUUCGGCACAGGGCUCGCUCAGCUACGCUCGGGACUAAAUGACGGAUUCCAGAUGUGAAUGUGCACCCCCCCUUCCCCCUUAUAUGGAAAGCUGCGUCGGAAUGGUGAGACGUCGGAGUGGCAGCAUGUAACCAACUUAAGCUAGCAAAUACAGGUGUCCUAGCUUACACAGUGUUAGCUCGCUACCAUCAGAUUUUAGGUAAAAUUCGCACCUUCACCAUGACAGAAGAAAUUAAAUGAUUACCCAGGGUCUGAGUGUUUUUGAGAGCUAAACCAAAGCAUAAUUAGAAAACCACUUGUAGGACUGGUAGGAAAUUUGAAUGUUUUGUUCGUGUUUUAUCCACAUUUUACAGCCGAGAUGAGAUUUUCAUGAGUGCUCAGUCAAGUGGAUGGACUUCAAAAUUGAAGCGAGCUGUUUAAUUCUGAAACAUGUUUUGGUUUCAAAUUAGAAGAUAAGAACCUGUGACUGUGUGUCCACAUAAAUCUGAUUUAUGAUCCUUUCACUAAGAAGCCGGGUAAACCCCCGUGCUGUAGUCUUAGUCAGGAAACCAAUCAUCCGCUGCCGCCCCUCACUCUCUCGACCUCAUUCAGUGCUUCAACCAAUGAGGGGACCACAGUGCAAAAAUAAGCCUUCUUGACCAGCAGCCUCCUCACCCUCUCAGCAUCAUUGGUACACCAUGUUGUCUUCAAGCACUCUUCAAGUAAAUAGAGAGAUUGUUUCUGCAGCAGCGGCUGUGAAGGUUUAAUUAACCUGGACUUGAAGAGAGCCUCUAUCAAUUGUACUGUGAAAGACUUCCCUUAUAAAUAUGUCCCUUUGACUUUCUUUGUCUUUCCACUCUUCAUAUCUAAACUGCUUCAUGGUCCCCAGAGGAUGACUCAAAUCCAAUUACGUUGGUGAUUCCCUCAAAGUCUUUGGGGCCCAGUAAGUUUUCCCUUUAUUUUGAUUUUGGUCUGGAAAUGUAUGGUUUGGGUUUACAUUCAUCCCUGGGGAAUAACUUUGGUGAUUCCAAAAACACACAAAAAAAAUAACAUUUAAAGGGAUAUUCCGGCGUAAAAUUAAUUUAGGGUCAAACACACCAUAACACCGAGUUAGACAACCCGUCGAGAGAUGAAUGUUGCUGACUGUUUGCUUCUCUAGUUAUACGAACUUUAGUAAUGACCGCACGAUAGCAAUACAGACAGCCUCGCGCUCAACCAAAACCCCACUCUAUAGCCACAAAUAAUGCUCAGAACAGCACCUAACUUCAUCAACAGGACAUAUAGGGUCCCAGCCAUAGUACUAGCCACCAAAUAUCUUUUCAAUUUUUCCUAAUUUUUUCAGCAAAGACACUAAACACAACUCACCUACUCUGUUUGUAGCGAGACCUCAGGCCAGUCCGUUACGGACUACAGUGGGGUUACGCAGCUCAAGGAAGAACAUUUAUGAUCAUUUCUUUAUCAUUUCCUUGAAGUAAUAAUCACCAUAUUAAUCAUUUUGCACUGCAGGCGCGGUAGUUCUUCCAUCUUAGUGUCUUGGACUGAUUGUAUUUCCAUGAAGAAAUGAUCAUAAAUGUUCUUCCUUGAGCUGUGUCACCCCGCUGUAGUCCGUAAUGGACUGGCCCAAGGACUCGUUACAGACAAGUGGCUGCUGGAAGAGAGUAGGUGAGUUGUGUUUAGUCUCUUUGCUAAAGAUGUUAGGCAAAGUUAAAAAGAUGUUCGGUGGCUUGUGCUUUAGCUAGGACCCUAUAUGUCCUGUUGAUGAAGUUAGGUGCUGUUCUGAACAUUAUUUGUGGCUAUAGAGUGGUGUUUUGGUUGAGGUUUGUUUAUGGCUCCUCAGACCGCUGUGUAUUGCUAUCGUGCGGUCGUUACUAAAGUUGGUAUAACUAGAGAAGCAAGCAGUUGGCAACAAUUAUCUCUCAACGGGGUGUCUAACUCAGUGUUAUGGUGUGUUUGACCCUAAAUUAAUUUUACGCCGGAAUACCCCUUUUAUGGUCCAAAUUUCCAAUUAGUUGUUAUCUAUUCGUGGUCUCAUAGGAUCAACCCCAAUAUCCUCUAUGAUCUUGGAUGGUCUCUCAUGUUUUCUGUGACUGAUAUUCCCCCUUUUCUCUUUCUUGAAUCUCCAGCUCAGGGAUCCAGCGAUAACUCCUUUAACACCUUCAUCAUGCUGUUCAGUUUGAGUCCUCAGUCCUUCGCCAGUCUUCUCCUGCUGGGGCUAACCGUGGUCCUGUCAGGAAGUAUCUACCUGUGGGUCCUCAGAUACAUCUGCCUCGGUUGCUGCCAACCCGUGGCAGUCGGUACUGAAUCAGACACUCUUGCUGGAGUGGUGUGAAACCAUCAGUACUGACCUACAUGGGUUGGGAAUCACUUAUUCCUGAGCAAGGCGAGUUGUCACUGGGGACAUGUUCCUUCCGACCCGUGAAUUGGCUCGAGUCACGAUAGAGGGUUGGACUCUGAUGGAAGAAGUCACACCUCAUAUGAGACAUGAAGUGUCCCCCGUUAUAGAAGGAAUCAACGGUGUAGGCUGA